UAUUCGCUAGAGUCAAAACUGCACAUCGAAAACGCAGACAUCUGUGAUUCAUUCCUCAGUCGGAUUGUCCGAAUUUAUAGAAAGGGGCAUGAGUCUGUUUAUGGUACAUGGUAUAGCGAUUGCCAGUCACUGUAAACGAUACAGCUUGUGAUAGGUAAUCAGCUGACCUGCAGCAUCCUUGACCGUCGCAGCUCACCGUGUUGCAGGUUAAGUAACCGACGGACCUGUUUAGCGUGUUAUGCUGCCGAGAGAGGAUUUAAGUGACGAGGAUACGACAGCGCCAUGGCGGCCGAGAUUCAUCCCCGUCCCCAGACGCGAAAGCCCGUCCUGCUGAGCAAGAUCGAGGGGUUUCAAGAUGUGGUGAACAUGGCUGUGAUCAUACCCAAAGAGGACGGGGUUAUCAGCGUUUCUCAAGACAGAACAAUACGUGUGUGGCUGAAGAGAGACAGCGGUCAGUACUGGCCCAGUGUCUAUCAGACAAUGCCUGCUCCAUGUUCAUGUAUGUCCUUCAACCCAGAGACAAGGAGGAUCACUGUUGGAAUGGAUACUGGUGUUGUGUCGGAGUUUGUCUUGUCUGAGGAUUACAAUAAGAUGACUCCUGAACGAACAUAUCAGGCACAUCAGGGUGGCGUGACCGUGGUGUUGUUUGUCUUGGAGAUGGAAUGGGUUUUAAGCACGGGGCAGGACAAGAGCUUUACGUGGCAUUGCUCAGAAAGUGGACAGCAGCUGGGCACAUACAGGACUACAGCAUGGGUGUCUGGACUACAAUUCGAUGUUGAAACCAGACAUGCCUUUGUUGGAGAUCAUUCUGGUCAAGUGACAAUCCUAAAGCUUGAACAGGAAAACUGCAGCCUUGUCACAACUUUUAAAGGCCACACAGGCAAUGUUACUGCUUUGUGUUGGGAUCCUGUUCAAAGGGUUUUAUUCUCUGGAAGUUCUGAUCACUCAAUCAUCAUGUGGGACAUCGGGGGGCGUAAAGGCACAGCCAUUGAACUGCAGGGGCACAAUGAUAAAGUGCAGGGUUUGUGUUACGCUCCUCACACUCGUCAACUCAUUUCCUGUGGUUCAGAUGGAGGAAUCGUUAUUUGGAACAUGGAUGUCACACGACAGGAGACUCCUGAGUGGCUCGACAGUGACUCGUGCCAGAAGUGUGAACAGCCGUUUUUCUGGAAUUUCAAACAGAUGUGGGACUGUAAGAAAAUUGGUCUGCGGCAGCAUCACUGUAGGAAGUGUGGCCAGGCCGUUUGUGGAAAGUGCUCCUCUAAACGUUCAACUAUUCCUCUCAUGGGGUUUGAAUUUGAGGUGCGGGUUUGUGACAGUUGUUACGACUCCAUUACAGAUGAGGAACGGGCACCCACUGCAACAUUCCAUGACAGUAAGCACAGCAUCAUUUAUAUGCAGUAUGAACCAACCAGGAGCUGGCUUCUUACCUCCGGGACUGACAAAGUCAUUAAGCUGUGGGACAUGACUCCAGUGGUAUCAUGAGAAUUCCCCAAAAUCAUCUGCAAAAAAGGAACAAAAAAGGAACAAAAAAUCAGGGAAAACAAAGAUACGUGUGUUUAUAGAAAUCUUCACAUUUCCUCGGUUUUCCAAGGAAAAUAUCUUACCAGUGAUGGACAGAUUUAUCUCAUGGAGAUAAAGCUUAAGAAUAUUGUGACUUUGAAAACUGAUGUGAAAAACUGCAUUUGUAAGUAUUUGUGCAUGCCAUGUAAACAUUACAUUACAAUACGCAUUGCACAAAUAACACACUGUGUAUAAAAACAGUCCUGUUAUAACGUUGUGGUCCAGUCUGAAUCUGCUUGAAUAUACUGUGUGUAAAUAUUUCAGGUUGUUUGUGUUGACAAACUUGUGUUGCUAUGUUUUAUCUGUGAAAAUGUUCAUGUUUAUAUUAUGGUCAUUUUAUGUCUUAUCCCAACCAUAAAUUAAUCUUUGUGAUAUUACAUUAAAGCAUGCUGGAACUGUUUUAUAUUGAAGUGCCUUCACCACAAGCUAAUUAUCAGCGGUCAGUACUUGGCAUAUGAUGAAACUGGCUUCUCUUUCGGUCAUAAUCUAUUGAUCUUUUGGACUCAAUGUGGCAAUGUGGUGUAGGUUAAUGUGGUAGUUAAACAUUUACAAUCCAAUUAUUGGUUUUAAGAAUAAAUCAUGCUUCAUUAUAAUAAUAUUGCGCAUUUGCAGAUAAGCUGAUAUCUGAUAGAUGCCUGAUUACAGUAAGAACCACUCAUUGUAUUCAUUUUUUAUUUUUAUUCUUGUCACAUGCACUGAUGUUUUUGCUGUAUAUUGAAUCAAGGCUUUUGUAAGGUGUGGCUUGUGCACUAAAGUUUAUUAUAAGCAAACCGCAUGCGUUUGGGGAUUUGAAUAGUUUAUUUCAAAGCCAUAAGGUGAAAACUACAGAUGAUACAGUGUAUGAAUACAGAAAAUCCACAUUUUAAAGAUGUUAAACUUUAGUGCAACUAUAUCAAAAUUACAAGUGCAGCUGUUGGAUUACAAUUCUCAGAAUAUUUCAGAAUCUUACACAAAUAAGUAACACAAUGUGACUAAAAGAUUUCCAAAAAACAUAGGACAAAUCAUUAUGCUGAAUAUUUAGUGUAGUAUUUACUAUACUUUAUAUGCGCAUAUUAUACACAGUGAACUCUUUGUUCAUCUGGAAUUGAAAGCUUUUAUGGAUUUUGGGUGAUCUUUUCUCACAUAAGAACUCUUAUUUACAAGAAUGCAGUCAUGUAACUAAUUUAACCUGAACAUUGUUUUUCUGAUCAUGGUUUUAAAGAGAUGGUAAGCAUGUUGAAAGCGUGUUUCUUUUACCACUAAAACAACCACCUCAAUCUAAGCACUUAACGCACUCUUUUAUUAUUGUUUUUCCCAGCAACGGUUUGUGAUCAAUGUCUUAAACACCUUUGUGGUAAUACUAAAAUGUGAUUGAAAUUGUGAAAUAAAGUUUAUACAAAAAUGGA